AUGGAGGAAGAAGUUGCUGCUCUCGUUAUCGACAAUGGUUCGGGUAUGUGCAAGGCCGGUUUCGCCGGUGAUGAUGCUCCCCGAGCUGUUUUCCCUUCCAUUGUCGGUCGCCCCCGUCAUCAUGGUAUCAUGAUUGGUAUGGGUCAGAAGGACUCGUAUGUUGGUGAUGAGGCUCAGUCCAAGCGUGGUAUCCUCACCCUGCGAUACCCCAUUGAGCACGGUGUUGUCACCAACUGGGACGACAUGGAGAAGAUUUGGCACCACACCUUCUACAACGAGCUGCGUGUCGCCCCCGAGGAGCACCCCGUCCUGCUCACCGAGGCUCCCAUCAACCCCAAGUCCAACCGUGAGAAGAUGACCCAGAUUGUCUUCGAGACAUUUAACGCCCCAGCUUUCUACGUCUCUAUCCAGGCCGUUCUGUCUCUGUACGCCUCCGGUCGUACCACUGGUAUCGUUCUGGACUCUGGUGAUGGUGUCACUCACGUUGUCCCCAUUUACGAGGGUUUCGCCCUUCCCCACGCCAUUGCCCGUGUCGACAUGGCUGGUCGUGAUCUUACCGACUACCUCAUGAAGAUUCUUGCUGAGCGCGGUUACACUUUCUCCACCACCGCCGAGCGAGAAAUCGUCCGUGACAUCAAGGAGAAGCUUUGCUACGUCGCCCUCGACUUCGAGCAGGAGAUCCAGACUGCCGCCCAGAGCUCCAGCCUGGAGAAGUCCUACGAGCUUCCCGAUGGACAGGUCAUUACUAUUGGUAACGAGCGAUUCCGUGCUCCUGAGGCUCUCUUCCAGCCUUCCGUCCUUGGUCUUGAGAGCGGUGGUAUCCACGUCACCACCUUCAACUCCAUCAUGAAGUGUGAUGUCGAUGUCCGAAAGGAUCUCUACGGCAACAUUGUCAUGUCUGGUGGUACCACCAUGUACCCUGGUCUCUCCGACCGUAUGCAGAAGGAGAUCACUGCCCUUGCUCCUUCUUCCAUGAAGGUCAAGAUCAUUGCUCCUCCCGAGCGAAAGUACUCCGUCUGGAUCGGUGGUUCCAUUCUUGCUUCCCUGUCCACCUUCCAGCAAAUGUGGAUCUCCAAGCAGGAGUACGACGAGAGCGGUCCCUCAAUCGUUCACCGCAAGUGCUUCUAA